AUGAGAGCUAGUCUGGUUAGACGGGUCUUGUCGCAAAAUGCGGCUAUAGCAAAGUCAAAUGUAAGUAUAGACUUGAAACAUUGUUAAGACUAAUGUUGCUUUACUGACCAACUAAUACGAACUCUAUCUUGUAAUAAAUAAUUGAGUGUUGACUAUUUUUGUCUUUAAAUUAUACCUAUUUUGGAUUUUAAGGGUAUAUUUGGGAACGAUAAACUGAAAUGUCCGGCAGAUUUUGACAGAGUAACUGACACUGUAAUCGAACAGUCUGAACAUCUUGUAAACGAAAUUCUACAACCAUAUCAGAAGCGGAAGACAAGAAAAACGUCGGUAAAGCUGCUUGAUGACUUGUCUAACACAAUAUGUACGACUGCUGAUUUGGUGAGUGUGGAAGAUUACCUUAUCUUUAAGUACUAUGUUCUACGAGACUACAUAGAAGAUAGUACCUAAAAUAUGAUACUGAUUAGAUAAGUAAACCAUAGUUAUUUUAGGCUGAAUGUGUACGUAAUAUGCAUCCAGACAAUGCGUAUCGUGCUGUUGGCAACAAUUCCAUCUACCGUCUCACUAAUCUUCUUGAAACGUAUGUAUUAUUAUGAGAAAAGUAUUUUUGUAGGUUAAACUCAAUGCCAGCUUUAUAUCAUUCAGUAGACAGAUCAGUGGAAUCAGAAGCCUCGAUGCUGGAUGAUGUUGAUAAAAGAACAUUAAGACUGUUUUUAGAUGACUUUGAACAAUGUGGAGUUCAUUUGAAGGACAGUCAGGUUGGUUUUUUAUUAGAUAUUACUUUAGUUUGA